AAAAAAAAAAAACUUAAACUCUCUAUCUUCAGCUCGCUUCCCCAUAUAUUUAUUUAUUCCAUCCAUGCCCCAUCCUGAUCCAACGGCUCCCACUACUCCUCCACUCCAAAUCUAAAUCUCCACCCUCCGAUUAGAUCCACACUCAUUCGUCAUCUAUGUUAUCCCCAUCUCCUCCACUCCCUCAGAUCUAAGCCACCACUCCCUCUAUAUCUCUCUCACACAAAGGAAGGGGCAAAGUUGGAAGUUUAAUUACCAUUCUGUCCUUCCGGCAAUGGUGGAGGCACAGACAUGGACGACGCGGCGAAUGAGCAACCCGAGACUCGACACGACGGCGAACGACCAAGUCCUCGACAUUCCGGCGACUCCGCCGGGCGACGUACGGAACAACAACGCCUACACCGGCGGAUCCUACUUCUCGCCGACGGUGACGACGGCUCUGAUCAUAGCGUCGUGGUACUGCUCCAACAUUGGAGUCCUCCUCCUCAACAAGUACCUCCUCAGCUUCUACGGCUACCGGUACCCGAUCUUCCUCACCAUGCUCCACAUGAUCGCCUGCGCCGCCUACAGCUACGCCUCGAUCAACUUCCUCGAAAUCGUCCCGCUCCAACACAUCCACUCCAAACGACAGUUCUUCAAGAUCCUCGCACUCUCCGCCAUUUUCUGCUUCUCCGUCGUCUGCGGCAACACGUCGCUGCGCUACAUCCCGGUAUCGUUCAACCAAGCGAUCGGCGCAACGACGCCGUUCUUCACCGCCGUCUUCGCCUUCAUCAUCACGUGCAAGAAGGAGACCGGGGAGGUCUACCUCGCUCUCCUACCUGUCGUUUUCGGAAUCGUCAUAGCCAGCAACAGUGAGCCUCUCUUUCACCUAUUCGGCUUCUUAAUCUGCGUGGGGUCCACAGCUGGACGCGCUUUGAAGUCCGUAGUUCAAGGGAUUCUGUUAACCUCCGAAGCCGAGAAGCUACAUUCGAUGAACCUUCUCUUAUAUAUGGCCCCAAUGGCCGCGCUAAUUCUGUUACCGUUCACGCUCUACAUUGAGGGAAACGUGGCGGCGGUUACGGUCGAGAAGGCGCGUGGGGACCGUUUUAUAUUUUUCCUUCUGAUUGGGAAUGCCACGGUGGCGUAUUUGGUGAAUUUGACCAACUUCUUGGUGACCAAGCACACGAGUGCUUUGACGUUACAGGUUUUGGGGAAUGCUAAAGCAGCUGUUGCGGCAGUUGUGUCCGUUUUGAUAUUCAAGAACCCCGUUAACGUUAUGGGAAUAACGGGCUUCGCGGUUACAAUUAUGGGUGUGGUGCUUUAUAGCGAGGCCAAGAAACGGUCGAAGGUCACUACCCAUUGAGGGAAAAAAAAAAAAGAUUUUUUUUUCUUUUUCAUUUUCAUUUCCGAUAAACACGCUUCUUUUUGUUUUUAUUUUAUAUAAAAUUGUUUAUCGUUUAAAAAAAAAAAAAAACUUUAAAUUCAUGGAAUUGUUGUACUGUAUAGGAUAGUGGAGAAAGGGAAAGAGGGAAUUCUGAUUUUCUGUUUUUUUUGGGGGGGCUUUUAAUUGGUGGGGGCAGUUAGUAAUUAGAGAACAUAAGAAGAAUUCUCUCAUUUUUAAACUUUCUCCCUGUGUGUAAGCAUUUUGAGAACAUAGAAGACUGGAUUCAUUUAUCAAUUUUAGAUGUACUAUUUUUUGUGAGGAGGAAAACUCUCUCAUACAACUAUUUGGUUAAAAAAUAAUUCUGUCUUUUGACCA